GGCUGCCUCAGGAGAUGCGCCAGCUCUCGCCGCGUCUCGGCGGCUCCUGGCGCGUGCAAGCGGCUACGGCAGCGGCGGCGACGGGGCCCGCGCAGGAAGGGCCUGUAGAGACGCACUCUUUCCCAGAGUGACUUCCUGGGUCUUCAUGCAGCCAUGGAUCUGGAUAAACCUUCUGUCUGGGACUCGUUAAAACAGCGGACCAGGCCUUUGUUAAUCAACCUGAGCAAGAGGAAGGUGAAAAAGAACUCAGACAAACCCCUGGACUUACGGGCCAGGCAUUGUCUGGACCGUCGCCUCAGCCUCUCCGUCCCUGACCUCCUGGAGGCUGAGGCCUUGGCCCCCGAGGGGCGGCCUUACUCCCGGCCCCAGUCGUCCUACACCUCGGUGCCUAGCAGCCUGUCGACGGCAGGGAUCGUUCCCAAAAGUAGCAGUGGCUCUUUGAAACAGUCUGAAGAAGAAUUGGAAUGGAGCCAGGAAGAAGCAGGCCACUUCCAUGUAGUGGAAACAGACUCCCAGGAGACCUAUGCCUCUCCUGUUGAGGACAGGAGGGCUUCCAGCAAUGGCAUCUUUGAUGUGCUCCAGAAAACUCCCCUUGGAGAGGAUGCGCCAGAAGGGCCAGAGACUCUCGGGGAAGCCGGCGACGGCUUGAGUAACCUGCCCAACCCUUUCGCCUACCUCCUCACCAUCCACCUGAAAGAAGGCCGGAACCUGGUGGUCCGGGAUCGCUGUGGCACGAGUGAUCCCUAUGUGAAAUUUAAGCUGAAUGGGAAGACUCUGUACAAAAGUAAAGUCAUAUAUAAGAACUUGAACCCAGUUUGGGACGAAGUAGUCUUAUUGCCAAUACAAAGCCUUGAUCAAAAGCUGCGUGUGAAGGUGUAUGAUCGAGAUUUAACUACAUCUGAUUUCAUGGGUUCUGCAUUUGUCGUUCUGAGUGAUCUUGAGCUUAACAGGACGACUGAACAUAUUUUAAAAUUGGAAGAUCCAAACAGUUUAGAAGAUGACAUGGGAGUGAUUGUAUUAAAUUUGAGCCUAGUAGUAAAACAGUGUGAUUUCAAGAGACACCGUUGGUCAGAUCGGAAGCAGUUAAGCGCCAGCAAGUCCUCUUUGAUACGCAACCUCCGGCUCUCAGAGUUCUUGAAAAAGAACCAACUCUGGAAUGGGAUUAUAAGUAUAACUUUGUUGGAAGGAAAGAAUGUCUCAGGAGGAAGCAUGACAGAGAUGUUUGUCCAGUUAAAACUAGGAGAUCAGAGGUAUAAAAGUAAGACACUGUGUAAGAGUGCAAAUCCGCAGUGGCAGGAACAGUUUGACUUUCACUACUUCUCUGACAGGAUGGGCAUUUUGGACAUUGAAGUGUGGGGAAAGGACAGCAAAAAGCACGAGGAACGUCUGGGCACGUGUAAAGUGGAUAUCUCAGCCCUCCCACUGAAGCAAGCCAACUGCCUGGAGCUGCCUCUGGAGAGCUGCCUGGGGACACUCUUGAUGCUGGUCACCCUCACGCCCUGCGCGGGAGUCUCCGUCUCAGAUCUGUGUGUGUGCCCCUUGGCAGAUCCCAGCGAGAGAAAGCAGAUCGCCCAGCGAUUCAGCUUACGGAACUCCCUGAAAAAUAUGAAGGACGUCGGCAUUUUACAAGUGAAGGUUUUAAAGGCGGUAGAUCUCUUAGCAGCAGAUUUCUCAGGGAAGAGCGAUCCCUUUUGCUUGUUGGAGUUGGGAAAUGACCGACUUCAGACACAUACCAUUUACAAAAACCUCAACCCUGAGUGGAACAAAGUUUUUACAUUUCCCGUUAAAGAUAUUCAUGAUGUUUUGGAAGUGACUGUGUUUGAUGAAGAUGGAGAUAAACCCCCUGAUUUUCUUGGGAAAGUUGCCAUUCCCUUGCUGUCUAUUCGAGACGGACAGACAAACUGUUACGUGUUGAAGAAUAAAGAUUUAGAACAAGCUUUUAAAGGAGUUAUUUACUUGGAGAUGGACCUCAUAUAUAAUCCGAUCAAAGCAAGUAUUCGGACCUUUACUCCCAGAGAAAAGCGCUUUGUUGAAGAUAGCCGCAAGCUGUCCAAAAAGAUCUUAUCAAGAGAUGUAGACCGAGUGAAAAGACUCACCAUGACAGUCUGGAAUACAGUACAGUUCCUUACAAGCUGCUUCCGGUGGGAAUCCACAUUGAGAAGUACAGUAGCAUUCGUGGUGUUUUUAGUCACUGUCUGGAAUUUUGAACUGUACAUGAUCCCGCUGGCAUUAUCGCUCCUCUGUGUCUACAAUUUCAUCGGACCUGCAAUGGGGAAGGUUGGCAGCAUCCAGGACAGCCAGGAGAGCACGAACGUAGAUGAGGAGAAGUAUGAAGAUGACAAGGAAUCUGAGAAAAAGGGCUUAAUUGAAAGAAUCUAUAUGGUACAGGAUAUUGUCUCAACUGUUCAGAACAUCUUGGAGGAGAUAGCUUCUUUUGGAGAAAGAAUUAAAAACACGUUUAACUGGACGGUCCCAUUCCUUUCCUUCCUGGCCUGUUUGAUACUGGCAGUCGCCACCAUCACUUUGUAUUUCAUUCCACUGCGGUACAUCAUUUUAAUCUGGGGCAUAAAUAAAUUUACUAAGAAGUUUCGAAAUCCCUACGCCAUCGACAAUAAUGAGCUACUAGACUUCCUCUCCAGAGUACCGUCUGAUGUUCAAAAGGUGCAGUAUGCAGAGUUGAAGCCCGGCAGCAGCCAGAGCCCCCUUCGGAAGAAGCGCAGCGCACUCUAGGACACACACCGACCUUGGACGCCAGCACCCGAUUCCGUGUUGGGCUGAUUAGACCAAUAUCCUCUCUCGUUCAGUGGUAUCCGUGGUGUCAGUCUGAAAUGCGUGCUGUGUGGAGCCCUGUCUGUAUCCUCCCCCUUCUUCGUGGCACAGAUGCACGCACAUGUGUGUGCAUCCAUGUGCAGGGGUGUCCUGGUUGCAUCUUGAGUCAGCCCAGCAAAAGGGAACAACCCAGAGAUGGUAAAAGACUAACAUCCCUUCUCAAGUAGGAGAUAAAGCAAGGCUUCCAUGGGUCUGAGCACCCUCCUUGAGAACAGCCAGGAGGCCACUUGGAUUCGAGCAUGACUUUGAACUCGUUUUCACACAUCCAACAGAUUCUCAUUAAGAUUCAGUUAUUUUCACUCCCCACCCCUACACUCCUUUCAGAUGAUUGUUCAUGAGUCCGUUUUCUUCUCUGAGUUAACAAGUCCUUGAUAGAUAGUCACCGUCCACCCAAAUAAUAUAUAUU